CCAACUCAAACUUUGGUUGCUCCUAUGCCCACGUCACUUCCUCCACCAAUCAGAAUGAGGGUCCGGGUUCAGGAAGACGUCUUCCUGAUCCCAGUUCCACAAAGUGAGGCCAACUCCUGCUCUGUGUCGUGGCUGUGUGAGCAGGCAGCUCAGCGUUACUACCAGAAAUGUGGCCUCCUGCCUCGUCUCUCUCUGCAGAAAGAAGGCGCUCUGCUCUCCCCGCAGGACCAGCUACUGGCCGUCCUGCACACAAAUGAAGAGGUUCUGGCUGAAGUUUGCUCGUGCACUCUCAGAAAUAGAGUGACAGUGGCAGAAUGUGGUAAUGGGUCAGCAUGGGAAAAUCUGGAUGGGCCUGGUUAA